AUGUCGUUCCCUUCCGCGACGCGUAUUGGCGGCAGUGCCUUUAACCACCAGCAGUCUGGCGAUGCCGAAGCCGAAUACGAUAGACUGAGAGACCUUGCGCGACAAGAACACGGAAAACGUCAGCACUGUUCUGCCGAGUCACAGAAGGCCUACGCGCGUGGAGACGGAGGUGCUGCCCACGACUUGUCGCAGGAAGCUAAGAGCCAUGGACAGAAGGCAGACGACUACAACAGACAGGCUUCCGAGUACAUCUUCCGCGAGAACAAUGCCGUAGGAAGAGUUGACAGCGACACCAUUGACCUUCACGGUCAAUUUGUGGAAGAGGCUGAAGAAAUCCUGGAACAAAGAAUCAAGUAUGCAAAGAGUACUGGCCAGAACCAUCUGCAUGUGUAA